AUGGCCGAAAACGGGUCCCCUCGACGUAUCAGGUGGCCGGCCGAUGACUACAACCGGCUAACCACCUUAGAAGUCGAUCACGAGCGGCCAAGAACACCCGACUCGGUCCCUGAAUUCCGACAAUUGUACAACCAAAUACAUUCGGCAUGUCACCUCAUCGACAUCGACUGGGACCGCAUCUGCGUCCUCGGCUUAGCCACCAUCUCCGUCAUGCUCAUCGUCCUCACCUUCUUCCCAUUCUUGCAGACCCAGCUUGUCCUCGACCAGAAUCUGCACCACCAAUUCUCCCUAAAAUCCCUAACCAUCUCCGAGUUCCAAGCCGAGAGUGAUCGUCUCACGGGCAAAUGCAACGUCUCCUUCAAUAUUAGCAACCCCACCCAGAAAAGCGUGUACCACGAGCAUUCCGUCCUUUCCAUCUUCUUGGAUCACGAGCUGCUCUGGGUCACGCGGACGCUCGACUUUUUCAUUGACAUUGGGGACAGUAUCGCGUUCAACGUGAGCAUAAAUAGGACUACGGUUGCUGUUCCGGAUUCUUUUGUCCCGACCGCGUUUUUAGAGAGUCGGGCGUUGAAUAAGUCCCUCCAUUUCAAGUUGAAGUACGAUGGGAUGAUGAGGGAAGGUAUGGCCGCUUGGGAGGAGGAGAGGGCGCAUUUGUAUGUCAUUUGCGGCUGGAUUCAGGUGGCAUUUGUCGAUAAUACGACGCUCAAGGGAGGCCCGGCUAAUUGUUCCAUAGAAAACUAG